AUGACGCUGCCCAAGGAUUUGGGGCGCGGGGCUCACAAUUGGAUGUCUUCUAUCUCAAAUACUGGGCACAUGAACGAAGUCGUCUGCCAUCGCUGCAAGAAGUCAGAAACCGACUCUUCAUCGCACUUAAGCCCCCUCGCAUUUCUAUCGGUCCGUCCGGUCAGCUAUGGGAUUGCCCCUCAGGAUGGACAACAUACACGCUCCAACCGUGCCCUCGGGCCCAGCCAGCAAUACGUCGAGGAACGACCCCCCGCUCCAGUGUUCGGAGACGAACAUGGAGAAGCGAGUAUUCAGCUGAUUGACGGCUUUCCAAGAGCCGAUCUCGAUAUUGCUCAAGUGCGUACUACCAGAGCCCGCAUCAUCCACCUCCGCAAUGACUACAAGGAGCUCAUGGCCAUGGUUGAGAAACAACUCCAUGAGCACUUUGCCAGCUUGCAAGAAGAGGAGAAACCCGAAGUUCCGCUCUCCGGGGGUGCCAACAACACCCUGGCAGAUCAUUCAGCAUCUCAGCCGCUGGAGGAGCCAUUCGCAAAGGUCAACGCUGUGGUUCCGGGAAGCCCAGCUGAGUUAGCUGGCCUAAAGCCGAAUGACCAAAUUCGCAUAUUUGGCUACGUCAACAGCUCAAACCACGACAAUCUCAAGAAGACAAAGCGACCUGUUCUAGUCAGGAUAUCUCGACCCAGCCAAGGGGCGCGGGAGGAGCUGCACGUAACACUCACUCCGAGACGUAACUGGGGUGGCAGAGGUUUGCUGGGCUGUCACAUCCUACCUUUAUUCAUUCCGAAAAGUACACGGCUGCGCGCUGUUGAGAACGAUCAGCCGCUUCGACUCCACGUGGCUCGGCAUACUUCUGGAUUCACUAGCAUGACUAGGUACCUGGUGCAGCGAUUAGGAACAGGCAAAGUGGUAGUUGGAUUACAAAGCAAGUCGCGGCCUGAUGGGACAGCUGCCUGUGUCGAAUGUUUAAGGGGUUUUAAAGAAGAAUGUCAAUGGAUGGCUAACAAAGGUGCCGUACCUAGGUACUAUGUCUGGAUUGACCGCCCACGCCUAAGAGUUGUCGAGCGCGUCAAGUAUGCAUUCGCCGCCAAACUGAGGCAAGGAAAUAUCCAGUCACCCAAAUGGAAGCGGCCCGGAGGAAAGAACGAAUGGAAAGAGACGUACUUGCCGUCGCCCAUUGAAAGGGAACCCCACUAUGACGAGACAGCGACGCACUUUACAGCCCACUACCCAUCCCUCUCUCCGGUACGAAUUCAUCUACUCCGCGCCCUUGCCGACGCUGGUUUGCGCCUUCACGUCGACGAAUCUCUCCAUUUGUUUGCCUUCUUUCGCUUUGCGCCAGCUGCUAACCUCGCGAUCAGCCCCGCUUGUUUACAAUUAACUCGCACCGAUCCGAUUCCUUCACCGAUAGCAAACAUGGCCGAAACUCAGCAGACUCCUACCUUCAAGCUCGUUCUUGUCGGUGAUGGCGGUACCGGAAAGACCACUUUCGUCAAGCGUCACUUGACUGGUGAGUUCGAGAAGAAGUACAUGGCCACUCUUGGUGUCGAAGUCCACCCUCUGGGUUUCAGCACGAACUUUGGUCAGAUUCAGUUCGAUGUUUGGGAUACCGCCGGCCAGGAGAAGUUCGGUGGUCUCCGUGAUGGUUACUACAUCAACGGCCAGUGCGGUAUCAUCAUGUUCGAUGUCACUUCCCGUAUCACAUACAAGAACGUCCCCAACUGGCACCGCGAUCUCGUUCGUGUUUGCGAGAACAUCCCCAUCGUUCUCUGCGGUAACAAGGUCGACGUGAAGGAGCGCAAGGUCAAGGCCAAGACCAUUACCUUCCACCGCAAGAAGAACCUUCAGUACUACGAUAUCUCUGCCAAGUCCAACUACAACUUCGAGAAGCCUUUCCUCUGGCUUGCACGUAAGCUUGUCGGCAACCCCGCUUUGGAAUUCGUUGCUGCACCGGCUCUCGCCCCCCCCACCGCUCAGGUCGACGCCCAGCUCCUCGAGCAGUACCGCAAGGAGAUGGACGAGGCCGCCAACAUGCCUCUGCCCGGUGAGCUUUCGGACGAAGACUUACCGGCAAUAGCUGGUCACGGUCAUUAUGGUAGAAGACGGCACGGCCGGUUCCAUACUUUGAGUAGUUUGACGCCUUACAAGAUGAACACUGAGUCCUUACAUUUCCACCAAGGUGUCUCGGGUUCGCUCGUCCUCUUCUCUACUAUGCAGAGAAGAAGGACCGCAAAGGCAGGUAGAGAAACGGUCAACAACAUAGUCUCGUCAGGACCACAUCAUGCAACUCAACCACGCUACGUCACAUCAUGUUCUGAGUUGCGAGUGAGACCGAAUGAAGUACCUAAAUGGAAAGUCCAGGGCCCAGACCCCAGAAUAUUGCUUUGCCUUUCGAUGAGUGUCGAGGAGCCUGAGCAUUUGCACAAAUGGGUCUGUAUUGUGGCCGCAAGCACUAUUUUUGUACCAGAUUCCGGUAUGUGUUUUCAAGGGUCCGGGGCCGUCUCUGAUGGUCACCAACCACCUCUGGAUGUACACGAUACCGUGUACUCUGUCAAAAAGUGCUGGUGUGUUAAAUACUCGGGAUCCAGCGACGCGUCUGGUUGUCUGUUUGUCGGGGAGGAGGACAUGGAUUCUAAUGGAGAUUCUUUUGCUGAGUGCGGCUUACGUGCCAACUGCCACGCGCGUCACUGGGUCUGCUGUAUUUCGAGGUGGGAGGGCAAGGUGGGCGUUAAUUGGUAUAUGACGGAGAACAAAGGCUCCAUGGUCCCCGAGCAGACUCGGUCAGAUGCGGCAGGGUGGGUACACGGAGGAGGGAUGGUCUGGGGUCAAAUACCACGCACAAGCGACGACCAGUUGCCCUUCGCGUUCUACCGCUAA